AACAGACUUCCUGUUUGUUGAAGAACACAUCCACAGCAGCACUGUGCGCUGGAGGAAAGCAGCUUUUUUAGAGCUAUGAUGAGUACAGCUUGGAGCACAUGAGCAACCUCAUGGCCAGCAGGAGACAGAAAGCCGGGGAUGAUGGAGAGCGGAGUCUCAUAGGACCUCCAUCUAGGCAUGUGGAUGAGAAUCUCCCAGACCGGGAUGCCCCCAAGCCGCUUUUUGUCUAUUUGUUGGCGUUUUUCUCUGCCUUGGGGGGAUUCCUCUUUGGGUAUGACACUGGAGUGGUUUCUGGCGCCAUGAUUCUCCUCAAGAAGGAGAUGAACCUGAAUGCUCUGUGGCAGGAGCUGCUGGUUUCCAGUACUGUGGGAGCUGCAGCGCUCUCUGCCCUGAGUGGAGGCUACCUGAACGGGUGGCUGGGCCGCAGGAUCUGUAUCCUUGUGGCCAGCUUUAUCUUCACUGUCGGUGGCAUCAUCUUGAGUCUUGCCCCAGACAAGGUGGUCCUCCUUGUUGGCAGAAUUACAGUUGGUUUGGGCAUAGGCAUUGCUUCCAUGACUGUUCCUGUGUACAUCGCAGAAGUUUCCCCUCCUCACCUGCGAGGUCAGCUGGUCACUAUCAAUUCCCUCUUUAUCACUGGUGGCCAGUUCAUUGCCAGUGUGAUUGAUGGGGCUUUCAGCUACGUGAGACAAGACGGCUGGAGGUACAUGUUGGGCCUUUCCUGCCUUCCUUCUGUGCUGCAGUUCUUCGGCUUUAUUUUUCUGCCCGAGAGCCCCCGUUGGCUCCUCCAAAAAGGCCGAAGCCUAGAGGCUCAUCAGGUUCUCAGCCAGAUCAGAGGAGGCCAGAACAUUGAUGAGGAGUAUGACACCAUCAGAGCCAGCAUUGAGGAAGAAGAGAAAGAUUUAAAUGGAGGUGGGCCUGUUAUUUUCCGUAUCCUCAGGCACUCGCCGACUCGUAGGGCUCUCAUCGUUGGUUGUGGGCUCCAGAUGUUUCAGCAGUUGUCUGGGAUAAACACCGUCAUGUACUACAGUGCAACCAUUGUGCAGAUGGCUGGGGUGCGUGAUGAUAAACAGGCAAUAUGGUUGGCCGCAGCAACUUCAGCUACCAACUUUGUGUUCACCUUGUUGGGAGUCUGGCUUGUUGAGAAAGUGGGUCGCAGGAAGCUGACCCUGGGCAGUCUUUUAGGAACUGGUCUGAGUCUGGCUCUGUUGGCAGUUGGGUUCUUGCUAUCUGCCCAGAACUCUCCUCCUAUAACCCUCCACCCAUUAGACCCCCAAAACUCAACCUGCAGGACAUAUGGGUCUUGUGAAGGCUGCAUGCUGGAUCCAGAUUGUGGAUUUUGUUUCCUUGAAAAUGGCACCAACGUGUACGACUCUUCCUGUGUUCCUGUCAAUCAGUCAUCCACGGAUCAUGCAGCCUGGGGAAGGUGUUCCAAUGGAACAGAAGCAAGCGACAAUCCAAUUUGGGCGUACAACUACUGUCCUUCGUCUUACUCCUGGAUUGUUCUUUUUGGCCUCAUCCUCUACCUUGCGUUCUUUGCUCCAGGUAUGGGCCCCAUGCCUUGGACAGUGAACUCUGAGAUCUACCCACUUUGGGCGCGCAGUACUGGCAACGCCUGUUCAGCUGGAGUGAACUGGAUCUUCAAUGUCUUGGUGUCUCUGACGUUUCUCCAUGUUGCAGAGUUUCUUACUUAUUAUGGUGCGUUCUUCUUGUACACGGGCCUGGCCAUGCUGGGUCUCAUCUUUGUACUGGGCUGCCUCCCAGAGACAAAGGGCCUACAGCUGGAAGAGAUCGAGAACCUGUUCGCAGGUCAGCUCUGCUCCUGUGGAGAGCCUUCACCCAACAGCAAUCGUCAUGUCCAAUACAUCCGGGUAAAAGGCAGCAACUACCUCCCCUCUGACAACGACGCCUCAGAUGUAGAGUAGACUGGGAUGAUUUUGCUUUCCACUCUGUCCUUUGGUUUUCCUGGGAUGGCUGCUCUUGCGGGGAGGAAAAGGUAUUCACGGUUCCCUCUGGUGGGUGUGAUCGAAUGGGACCAAACGCAGGCUAGAGCUCCCCUGGGGUUGACUUUAACUGGUGCUUUCUUUCAUUUAAGCAACUUUUUCAAAUUUCUUUUUAGUUCUGCCUUUAUCUCACCUGGAAAUCGUGUUGCUUUGCAUUUCUUACUUUUGAAUAUCCUCCUUAUUUCUCAUCGUCAUUUAUGCACUAAUAAAAAGGGAAUACUGACUGGUGUCUACGCAGUAUUGCUGUGGGCACAGUUAAUCUGUGACAGUGUUGCUGGGAUCAGAAAAUCCUUGUUUUACAAACUGAUCAGACCACAAUGAAAAUGAGUGAAAUAUUUCCAUUUUCUUGUUGAGAAACCUUUUAGAAACAAGCCUUUUGUUGUUGUUUUAACCACACAGUUGGUUGCUGACUCAUCGUUUACCCUCACAUAUUUAAUUCCAUUAAGUUGCGUGAUUUCCGUCUGACCAUCCAUCUUUUAUAAACUACAAAAACGAGAUACGGGCAGAAAUCUGAUUGUGGUGAAAUGAUAAGGAUUUGAGAAUUUGAAGAUGUGUGAAACUGCUUUCACUGAUUUCUGCCAUACUUGGACGUUUGCACAUCUUUUCGAAAUCAUUAACAUGGGGUUAGUCCUCCAAUCAAAGCUGGUGUCAAAAAUACUAAUCACGUGUUUCUGUUGUCAACUAGAAAGUGGGUGAGUUUGCACUUUAAAGUCUUUUAUUUUUUUCAAUAAAUAAUAAAAUAAAGUGAUAAAUAAAAUGUUUCCUACGUGCCAGAUUGCUAUAGCAAGUUGUUGUUUUUUUAGCAUGAUUUGGAAUUCAGCCAAGCAAACUAUGGAGCCGUGGAGUCAGACAGUGCCAUAGCCUAU